GUUUUGGAGAAUGAGUGGCAUAGCACUUGGAUAUACCAUUUACACAAAGGAUUGAAGUGGUGAAGAAGAUUGCUUGUCCAAGUAUUGCAGACCUUAACGCAGAAAAUCUUGGGAAAAGAAGAGAUCAGUUGGGGAAAAAAAAAUAUCUGACUUGAAAGUUAAUUUUUUUUGAAGGCUUGACUAGCAAAGUUCUAUUGCAGAUAUGCAUGAGGAAAGUAAAGCUGCAGCAAAUGGAUGUGGCAAAAUCCGAAGUGGCACUCAGAAUGAGGCUGCUUUACUUGCCCUGAUGGAGAAGACUGGAUACAGCAUGGUUCAGGAAAAUGGGCAAAGAAAAUUCGGUGGUCCUCCACCAGGUUGGGAAGGUCCUCCACCACCUCGUGGAUGUGAAGUUUUUGUGGGUAAAAUUCCUCGUGAUAUGUAUGAAGAUGAAUUAGUUCCUGUUUUUGAGAAAGCUGGGAAAAUCUAUGAGUUCAGACUGAUGAUGGAAUUUAGUGGUGAGAAUCGAGGCUAUGCUUUUGUGAUGUAUACUACUAAAGAGGACGCCCAGCUAGCCAUCAGGAUUCUAAAUAAUUAUGAAAUUCGUCCAGGGAAAUUUAUUGGUGUCUGCGUAAGCUUGGAUAACUGCCGACUGUUCAUUGGAGCAAUUCCAAAAGAGAAGAAGAAAGAAGAAAUACUGAAUGAAAUGAGAAAAGUUACAGAAGGAGUGGUGGAUGUCAUUGUUUAUCCAAAUGCCACUGACAAAACAAAAAAUCGUGGCUUUGCCUUUGUAGAAUAUGAAUCUCACAGAGCAGCUGCAAUGGCUAGAAGACGGCUAAUCCCAGGAACAUUCCAGCUCUGGGGCCAUGCUAUUCAAGUAGACUGGGCAGAUCCUGAGAAAGAAGUCGAUGAAGAAACAAUGCAAAGAGUUAAAGUACUAUAUGUAAGAAAUUUAAUGAUGUUUACUACAGAGGACACAAUUAAAGCUGAAUUCAACAAGUUCAAGCCAGGAGUAGUGGAACGUGUAAAGAAGCUGAGAGACUAUGCGUUUGUUCAUUUUUUCCACCGAGAAGAUGCCAUUGCUGCAAUGUCUGUAAUGAAUGGGAAGUGCAUUGAUGGAGCUAGUAUUGAGGUGACACUGGCAAAGCCAGUUAACAAAGAAAAUACUUGGAAGCAACAUUUCAAUGGUCAGAUAGGUCCUGGUUCAGAAAAUCUCUCAGGGUUUCCUAACAAAGAAGAUGGUCAUCAAAAAUCCUUAGGGAAACCAGCAAGUCUUUCAGUUCGUCUUAAUGGUCAGCACAGUCCAAGCCCCCCUGAAGUUGAAAGAUGUACAUACCCUUUUUUUCCAGGAAUAAAGCUUACUCCAAUUAGCAUGUAUUCUUUAAAAUCCAGUCACUUCAGUUCUGCAGCAAUGCACCUGGAUUAUUUUUGCAAUAAAAAUAAUUGGGCACCGCCAGAAUACUACCUGUAUUCAACCACAAGUCAGGAUGGGAGAAUUCUCUUGGUGUACAAGGUGCUUAUUCCGAGUAUAGCUGAUGGUUCCCAGAGUUACUUCAUGCCAGACAAACUCUGUACAACAGUAGAAGGUGCAAAGGAAUUGGCAGCACAGUUCACACUUCUACAUCUAGCUAAGUGUACACCCUAUUUGGCUUGAAUUGUCCAGAAGAAGAAAAGUUCAGAAUUUGUUGCUUUGGAUCUUGCCACGAAAGAAGAAAAAGAACCACCACACUGAUAGAUAAUUACCAAAAAUUCACAUUACACGUUUGUUGAUGAAUAAUUCUUCAGAGCAUACAUGUGUAUUAAACAUUUCACUUUAAAGAUUAGUGAAAUCAAAUGUUUAAUUGUUUUUGUUAGCUUGAUUAAAUUUGUUUUGAAAAGAUAAUUUGUUCAAAAAAUUUUAAUUACCUGUAAUAGUUUAUACAACAGUAGCUUAUUUUUAGUGUUGAAAUAAUUUGUUACAAUUCCUACUCUUCUGUUUUGAGUUUCAUGCAGAAUUUUUACAGCUUCUGUUGUAAGUAAUGAAUCCUAAGCAAACAUUUAAGAAAAACCAAAACAACAAAAACACACCACCCUGGCAAACUUGGUGCAAAGUUUUAUAGGUAGGAAAGUCCAAAUACAAUCUUUGCUUCUGUGAUAGCAUUACAUCAAUGGAUGAGUGGUAUUUUGAAGGGCUUUAUGUCAACAUACCAUCAGGCUACAGGAGAUGUAUUUCUAUAGUCAUAGCAAUGAGGUUCAAUACCUUAGAUAAUUCUUUAAAACAAAAAUGGACAAAAAAAUAUAAUCUUGACAUAUACAAAUUCCAUGUACUUUUCUGUACAGCUCAAUAAGUUGUCUCUGCUGUUAGCACCUCUCUGCUGGAUGCGUGUGUAAACAGAGGCCUUACUCUUACCUAGGCUAUCCCUCUUAACCAGCCCUCCUAUUUGCCCGCAGUAGCCAUGUUGAACAGCAGCUUGCUCACUUUCUAAUCAGGCCGUGUUCUUCUUAAAAAACAUUGUUUAGCAUUGAACUGAAAAUAGUUUUAAAUUUUUUAAAUCGGGUAUAUGUAAUUCAUUCUGAGUGGGCUGUUUUUAAUUUUAUUGUGACUCUCUAGCAUUUCUCAGUGAAGUGUUCUAUUUAUUGAAUGACAAAAAGUACAGGCCUUUUUUUUUUCUUUUCCUUUUUUUAAAAAAUCUGAAACUAAUACAGUAGAUCGUUUUUGAAAUUUAGUAUAUAGUUUCAGUUCCUGGUCAAGGAAUGGGCCGAGUAGCAUAUGUUAAAGAGUCUAAGGGUCUCACCUAUGCAGGUAUUGGUUUUAAGUAUUGUUUUGUCUGAAAUGUGUUUCUCAAAACCAAAUAUUAUGUAGACAGAAAACUAUGCAAUGGAAAGAUUUAAAGUUGAAUAAGUUUUCUUAUAAGCAGUCAACUAUUGUGGUCCAUUACUUAUUUUGGUUCAACAUGUUUCAUCACCCUAUUAAAUUGUCUUUUGAUGAUAAUUUAGGUGCAGUUGUAGCAAUUUAAUUUUAUUUGCAUUUGAUACUAGCUACGUAGUAGUUGUUUUAAGUGU